AUGGGUCACACCGCCACGAAGCUGAAAGACUUUGUCUUUCCGAAGAAGCACCGGAACAUUGUGCUUUGUGGCCCCAAUGCAGCCGGCAAGACCACUCUGCUCUACAAGCUGAAGCUGCCAAACGAGAAAAUCACCGUGAUGCCCACCAUUGGCUUCAAUGUCGAGUCUAUCGAGUACAAUCUCCAGGUCUUUGACAUUUGGGACCUUGGUCUUCGAAGCAAGGCGCGGCCUCUCGUCAGGCACUAUCUACCGAAUUGCCAUGCCGUGGCGUUCAUGAUUGAUGUGCAUGACGACGACUGGCAGGAUGCUGAGGACUUCUUCGGUUGUGUCCUGCAUGGCCUGGACGAUCACAACAACCCCCAUGUGCCGUUUCUCAUCUGGGUGAACAAGAUGGAUCUGCCUUUGAAGGUCCAGCCCCAUGAGGUUUGCGAAAGGCUGAAGCUGGAGCAGCUUGCAAGAUCCCAUCCUGUCCUUGUCCAGCCUUGCGUCGUGUUGAAGGAUGAAGGCAUCAAGGAGGGCCUCGACUUCCUCAGUGCGGCCAUCGCCGGCGAGAUCCCAUUUGGGCUUACUCUGGCUUCGACUCCAGAGACAUCCAAGCUGGAAUCGACUUCGCCAGCAAUUGCUCCGCCUACGAAGCCCAGCCCAGGAGGUGAAGUCCCCAACAGUGACGAGGUCUUCUUGGAGGCUUUCGAAGCUGGAGAGCUGCCAAGCUUCGGCCCAAAGGAGAUGAUGCGCCUGGCCUUCCUGCAACGCCGUCGCGGUGGCACUGCGCAGAUGACCCUCCAAGCGGCCAAGCUGACAGGCUACGUCAAGCACGCUACGCGGAUGCAUUUCUGGGCCUCUCGAGUGUUCGAGACACCCCUGGAAUCUGCCGAGACAUCUCUCGGUUUUUUAGCAACGCAUCCAGACCUCUUUCCUGAAGACGCAGAUGCGCAGGAAGCAUUGAUCGCUGCGGCAUACAGCGAGCGUAUCGACACAGACCCCACCUGGGCGCUCGUGGCACAACCACCGGACCGGCUCUGCAGCGACGGAAAGGAGGCAGAUGCGGCUUUCCUUGCCAGAGUCGAAGACCUCAUGAUCGAAGCAGAUGAGCUCAACUCGUUUCGGUCGGUGGUCCGGUUGGCAUUCACCUUGCUCUGCCAACAGGAUCGCAAGUCGGCCAUCAAGCGGCUCGACACGGCUUUGCAGAAGCUGGCAGAGGGUUGGACAACACCCGCCGGGGAAUCUGCUCUGCGCCCUUUCCAUGAGACACGACAGUAUGUUGCACUGCAGCUGGCCCACCUGGCUUUGACGCAGUGUCCGGAGUUGAAGAAGGGCAGCUUCUCCAAGUUGGAAGAGCGCUGCCCCGAUCUUUGUGAUGAGGAUUGCAUCUUCAAGUACUACUCGGAAGAGGUUCUGCAAAACGGCCAAAAGGCUUUCGUCCCUCCAGACCGAGAGCCGUUGCCCUCCGUGGUGAAGGUUCCCGACCAGACCUGGCACGCGGACUUGGACGAUGACUCCUUCAUGAACGCUGUCCGGAGCCACUCCCUGGGCUCCUGGGGUCUCCAGAGCCUGGCCCGCCUGGCCUACCUUCUUCUCAGGGCAGGGCGGCGCGAAGGGCUCCAGCAGCUUCUGCAGGAAGUGGAAAAGUUGCAAGCCAGUCCGGAGGUGAAGGCUGGAUUGUUCGCGCACGAGACCUUCGCAUACUUCACGCUUCACAUGGUUCAUUUCUACAGCGUCUCGAAGAAGCUGCCCCUUUCGGAGCCCUUUGCAGAUUUCGUGCAGAAGUGUGACCAGAUUCUUGACACAUCCCUGUAUCGUUCGUACUACUCAGAUGUGCUCAUACACGGCAAAGAAGCUCGAACUGGGCUCGUUUUUCCUGACUUGCUCCCUCUACCUGAUCUUGCCGUCUGCUUCACCGCGCGGAAUCGGUUCGCGGUCCUCCAGCAGGGCGGCUCCGUGGGAAUUUACAACCUCCAGAAUGAGCUUUCCAAGAAGUUUGAUCCGCCAGUUUCGGCAGACUUCAUCUUUCCAGGUGGAAACAACCGCAUCCUGCUCAAGAGUGAAGAGAAGAUUGUGAUGUACGACCUGACCGCGCGCAAGACCGUGGAUGAGGUCAGCGUGGCAGGAGGUGUGCGGUAUGUAGUUUGGUCGCCGAAUGGAGUCUACGUGGCGUUUAUGUCCAAGCACAAUGUCUUGCUGGCGGGUAAGAACCUGGAGUAUUACCACUCGUUCCAUGAGAACAUCCGCGUGAAGAGUGGAGCCUGGGACGAGAAUGGGGUGUUCGUGUACUCCACCCUGAGCCACGUGAAGUACUGCCUCCCCAACGGUGACAGCGGCAUCAUCCAUUCCUUGGCGAACCCUAUCUACAUCACACGAGUACACAAGCAGAUGAUGUACUACAUUGACAGGGAGCAGAAGGUCGGGAAGCAGCGUCUGAACUGCUCCGAGUACCUCUUCAAGCUUGCGCUUCACAAGCGCAACUUUAAUGAUGUGAAGCUGUGGAUUAGCAAUGGCCGGCUUUGUGGUAACGCGGUGAUUGGAUACCUGAAAUCCAAGGGCUUUCCAGAGGUGGCACUCCACUUCGUGGAAGACCAGCAGACCCGCUUCAACUUGGCUCUCGAGUACGGUCACAUCGAGGAGGCCAUGACAGCGGCCCAGGAACUGGACGAGCGAAGCUGCUGGAAUCGCCUGGGCCUGGAAGCGCUCCGGCAGGGCAACCAGCAGAUCGUCGAGAUGGUGUACCAGAAGACCAAGAAUUUUGAUGCCUUGUCCUUCUUGUACCUUAUCACCGGCAACAUUGCGAAGCUACGGAAGAUGCUCAAGAUCGCGGAGAUGCGGGGUGAUGUCAUGUCUCGCUUUCACAAUGCCCUAAUGCUGGGACAGGUGGAAGAGCGAGUCAAGAUUAUGGCCGAAAUGGGACAGGUGCCACUGGCAGCGCUAACGGCGCGAGCCCACCGGCUGACGGAGUACAUGGAGAAGCUGGAGGAGUGGGGCAAUUCCCUUAAGUUUCUUGUCGUUUUCUUUGACGAGGUGGCAGAUGCGAAGGACGUUGAAAGGCUUCUCGACGUCUCCUCAGAACGGCUGAGCUCACUUCUAGCAUGUCCCAAGGGCAUGCACCGUGGUCUUUGGCAGACCAUCGGGGCUUUGGCUUUCGAGGCGGUGCUUCGAGCGGUCGAUGUCGGCGUGGUUCUGGAAAUUUUGUGGCAGGGCACCUUCGUCUGUACGGUCUUGUGGCUGGCGGAAGAUGACAGCAGCCUUUUCUCCGUCAGUCAGAUCUAUCCGGCCUGGCGGUCACUUCGCAGCCGGUGCCUAUCCUUCCUUCGACGCCUUCUGGGGGACAUGGCCCUGGCGUUGCUUCCUCUGGAGCGCUCGGGCGCAUCCGUGAGCUCGCGCUUUCAGUUGAGAGCCAUUGUGGAACAACUGGGCCUCUUUGCGAUACUCACAUCGCACCGGAGCUUCAGUUUUGCCAGGGUGGACUGGGCUGCCGGUGUUUUGCUAAGCUCCACAUUGGGCAUUGAGUUGCUGCAGCGGGCGCCCCGCGCAGCUGUGGAGGCCAGCCGAGCCGGAGCGUCGCCCUGGCUCCCUUGGCAUCUCUGGGAUGCGAGCUGCAUAGGCUUCGGGCUCUGGGGAGCCGGCCGCCAGAUUUUCCUGGCCUUGAGCUCCAAGCAGAAGGAAGACCUGAAGCUCGUUCCUCCUGUGCCGCUUUGCCGACCUGGUGCCGGCGACUCUGGUAAUUGGCCCUUGCUUACGUCCACAAAGAAGAUCUUCGAGAAGAGCAGCUUCGAGGCGGCCGCGCCGCCCCCGAUGCCGGGCUCGGAGGCCUUCCUGGAUGCGGAGGAGAACCCGGAGGACACAGAGGGACUUGGUGGAGGUGCCUGGGGAGAGGAGGAGACGGCCCUGGAUUUGGGUGCGGAUAUGGGUGGCGGCGACUGGGGAGGAGACCUGGACCUCGGUGAUUUGGGCGGCCUGCUCCCCGCAUCGACUGAGCCACAGGAGGAGGAGCGAGGUUUGAACCUCACCCUGGCGGAUAGCUGCCAGGUCAAGUGGCUCAGGAAACGCAGACUUCCUGCUGAUCUCGUGGCGGCUGGUGACUUCGAGGAGGCGCUUGGCUUGCUCAAGCGGCGGCUAGGCUUGAUGAACGCAGAGCCUUUGGAGCCUAUUUUCAAGCAGGCUUACUGGGCUACAUGCACCGCGUUGCCCAGUCUGCCGCAAAUGGUGUCGAUCCACUGGCCUCUGCUAUCAGAGGGUAGCAUGAAGUCCAGGGAGAUUGCUCCCAUGGUGCUCUUCACUCCACAGGUGAUCCUGGAAAGAGUCAAGGAGGCUCACAAGAUGACUUCUGCAGGAAAGUUUAACGACGCCCUUGCAGCCUUCCGAACUGCCCUCCAGUCCAUCCCGAUCUCCGUGGCCAACGAUGCCAACGAAGAGCGGCAGCUCACAGACAUGAUUGAGAUGUGCAGAGAGUAUGUGACCUUCGCGAGACUACAGGUGACUAGCAAGAAGCUGACUCCAGACAAGGCUGCGAGACAGAUCGAGCUCAAUGCCUACCUCACUUGCUGUAAGCUACAGCAGUUCCACCAGUUCUUGACGCUAAAGACAGCCAUGGGCAUCGCAUUCAAGAACGAGAACUACGUGACUGCAGCGUCCUUUGCAAAGAGGAUGAUACAGGCGAAGCGCUCAGCGGACUGGGCCUGUGUCAGGACUCAGAUGGCAGAGCCUGCGGCAAAGAAGGCCAAGGUUGAGAAGAAGAAGACCUUCGAGGAGCAGCGCAAGGAAGUCGUGGAGGAGAAGGGCCGAGAGGAGCUGCUGGAUGGUCUCUUUGAAGCCUGGGACUACGAUGGCUCUGGCACCUUGACGCUAGAGGAGAUCCUGCCUUUCUACAUGAAGAGCUCCCAGAAGCACGAUGUUCUGGAGCCGCAGGUCCGAUCAGGCUUUGAGAAGUUCUGUUCAUCACAAGGCAUCGAUCCUGCGAAAGGCUUAGACAAAGGGGUCUUCAAGAAAUGGCUGAGCAAGCUGUCCGAGGACCAGCUCGCAGCACACUAUGUGCGACAUGUACAGGGGUGGACAGAUGAUCCCUACAAAAUGAACAUGAACCUGGCGGUGAUCAAGGACUUCAGAGGCAAAAGCAUCAAGGAGAUCCUUGAUUCUCCGGUGCAUGCCAUUCGAGGCCUCUCCGGUGAGAAUGGCGAGGCUACCCUGGAGAAGUUGGGCAUCAAAACAGUCCGUGAGCUUGCAGGAUGGCGAGUCUUCUUGCUGGCCCGGGCCAUCGUGACAAUGGCGCCGACGGAAAACACCGACGAGGAUGACAAAGACACGAGCGUCCCUUCUGCCAAGAUGAACAUCCGCAAUAUGCUAGAUGCGGAGUACGAGACGGCGCCGCUGAAGCAGGUGCUUGACCUGCCGGUGUCGGCACUGAGCAUCCUGCCACCAGAAGGCGUGGAAGUGCUGGCGAGCAUCAACAUCCGGACAAUCAAGCACUUAGGUACUCGGAAGUACUUUCACUGGGCAAAUGCGAUACUCGAGCUUGAGCAGUACGAAGCCUGA